AUGCAUGCACUCGACGAAAAUCCUGAUCGACGUUUCAUUUAUGUUGAAAUAGGCUUUUUCCGGCGUUGGUGGAAUCAUCAAACUAAAGAUAUGCAAAACAAAGUGAAAAAGUUUGUUAAUGAAGGUCGUCUUGAAUUUAUUUCUGGUGGUUGGUGUAUGAAUGAUGAAGCAUCAACUCAUUACAGUUCUAUUAUUGAUCAACAUAGCUUAGGUGCUGAAUUUUUACAUGAACAAUUUGGUGAAUGUGGUCGACCAAAAAUCGGUUGGCAAAUCGAUCCAUUUGGUCAUUCACGUGAACAAGCUUCAAUUUUUGCACUAAUGGGUUUUGAUGGUUUGUUUCUUGGUCGUAUUGAUCAUGAAGAUUAUACGACACGUUUUAGAACAAAAACUAUGGAAAUGGUUUGGAAAGCAAGUUCUAACUUGGAUCGUCAAAGUUGGUUAUUUACUGGUGUUUUACCUAAUCGAUAUGUUCCACCAGACUCGUUCUGUUUUGAUCAAAGAUGUUCAAAUGAUCCUAUCAUGGCACAAGGUUAUGCUACUAAUCAUAUAAUUAUGACUUUUGGUGGCGAUUUUCAUUAUGAAAUUGCACAUGAAGCUUUUAAAAAUAUAGACAAAUUGAUUGAAUAUGUUAAUGCUGAGCAAGUUAAUGGUAGCAUUAUUAACGUUUUCUAUUCAACACCAUCAUGUUAUUUAUAUGCUUUGAAUAAAGUUGAUCGUGCUUGGACUACGAAAACUGAUGACUUUUUUCCGUAUGCUCGUUAUUCUAAUGGAUAUUGGACAGGUUAUUUUACUUCACGAGCAACUUUGAAACGAUAUGAACGCCAUUCAAAUAAUAUUUUACAAGCUACACGACAACUCAAUGCAUUUGCUAAUCUAAAUGAACGAAAUAAUCUAUUUGUUUUAAGUGACGCAAUGGGUAUCAUUCAACAUCAUGACGCUAUUACUGGUACAGAAACAGAAGAGGUUGCUUUUGAUUAUGCUCAACGAUUGUCCAAUGGCAUUGGUGUAGCCGAAAAUGUCAUCAAUAAAGCUUAUUCUAAACUUUUACCUAAAGAUGGUCGGUCUCCACCAGCAUCAAAUCAAUUUCUUUGUCAAUUAUCAAACAUCAGCCAAUGUUUAGAAAUCGAUGGACAAGAACGCUUUACGUUGACACUUUGGAAUCCAACCAUUCAUCCAGUUGUUCAACAUGCUCGUGUACCUGUUAAAACAGAUUAUACUAUUCGUGACCCAACAGGACAAACAGUUUUAUCUGAGCUAAUCCCUGUUUCACAAGCAAUACAGAACAUUCCAGGUCGAACAAGUAUUACCCAAAAACAAAUUAUUUUCAAAGCUAGUUUACCAGCUCUUGGUUUUAGCACAUACUAUUUCGAAAAGAAACAUGGAGAGGAGCAAAAACAGUCUAAAAUAAACAUUACAUAUAAUGAAGCAUGCGUUUUACAAAAUCAAAAUAUUCAAGUAGAAUUCGAUGAUCAAGGCAACCUACAUCAAAUCUUUAAUUUAAAUAAAAAUAUUAGUGUAUCAUUUAUCAAUCAAGGUUUCUAUUGGUAUCCAGGUUUUCCUGGUAAUAAUUCACAAUCAAAAUCUCAAGCAUCAGGUGCUUAUAUAUUCAGACCAUUAACACCAAAUGCAUUACCAGUUAGUCAAACACGUUCAAUAACAUGUAUAAAAACAGAAAAUGUUCAAACAGCGAUUAUUGAAUUUAAUAAUUGGGCAAGUCAAGAACUAAGUUUAUAUGAUGGAGGAGAAUUUGUUGAAGUUGAAUGGACAGUCGGACCAAUACCAAUAGAUGAUGAUAUUGGUAAAGAAAUUAUCAUUCGUUAUGAUACUGAUAUUGCAAGUGAAUCAAAAUAUUAUACGGAUGCAAAUGGACGUGAAGUUCUUGAAAGAAAACGAGAUUAUCGACCAACAUGGAAUUACACAGUUACUGAAACAGUGAGUGGAAAUUAUUAUCCAAUAAAUACUCGAUCUUUUAUUCGUACAGAUCGAUCAGAAGGUGGUAGUAGUAUCCAAGAUGGCUCUAUUGAGAUCAUGGUGCAUCGACGUCUUCUCUACGAUGAUCAAUUUGGUGUGGGCGAACCAUUGAAUGAAACGGCAUAUGGUGAAGGUCUUGUUGUUCGUGGUCGACAUCUUCUUAUUGUUGAACCACCUGCUUCAAGUGCACGAUAUCAUCGUGUAGGCUCUCAACGUUUAUACAUGCAUCCAAUUGCUACUUUUUCAUUAAUUGAACAAGAUUAUGAUAUUUAUUCAGCUGCUUAUCAUCAAACAUGGUCAGCAUUAAAUGAUACGUUACCAUUAAAUGUUCAUUUAUUAACACUAGAUCAAUUGGGACCAAAAGAUUAUCUUGUCCGUGUUGAACAUUAUUUUGAAUCAUUUGAAGAUGAUACAUACUCACAACGAGUUACAUUUGAUUUACAAUCAUUGUUUAAAUCGAUUGGAACAAUUAGUAAUACAGUUGAAUUAACACUUGGUGCUAAUUUACCAUUAGCUGAUAUGAAACGACUUAAUUGGUCGACCAGUGAUAAUAAAUCAUCUCAUAGAACGGUUCUAACGAAGAAUUCGUUAUCAAAUACAAAUAUUAUGCUUAUUCCGAUGCAAAUUCGAACAUUUCAAGUGACAGUGGUAUAG